GUGUAGUGUAGACGUUUUCGCUGUUAUUUUCAGCAAAUAUCAUAAAACUGGUUUCUGUUUGCCACGGACUUUACUUAUGUUAUCUAUAGUGAUUUUUGUGCCUGGACUUGAAGUUUUGUUGGAUUGUCUAUAUUAAUACAGAUAUCGAGCGGGUGUUUGUGAAUGCGUAGCGCACUCUGUCGGGGAUUGGCAGAGUGAGGUUGCGAGACGCGCGGGGAGAGGGGCUUCUUCCCCCUACUUCAGACUUCAGUUUCUACGGUGACUGUGUCGAGGGAGGACGUUUACGCUUUUUGCCGCGCUAAAGGAUCGUUCGCGCGGCAACUUUGAAUAGUGUCAGUGAACGAACGGAGGAUUGUGAUACAGAAAUGUGUGCCGGAUUGCAGUGAACCACUAAUUGGAUGCAGUGACUGGAUCACUUAUUGGAUUGCAGUGUUUAUUUGGAUUGAUAUUUAACAACCUUCCAAACUGGGGAUGCAUAAGAUGGAGCUAGGUGACAGCGUGUACGCCGCUGAGCGUAUCAUGAAGAAGAGAAUUAGAAAGAACAAAGUCGAAUACUACGUGAAAUGGAAAGGCUGGAAGCCGAAACACAACACUUGGGAACCAGAGGAGAACAUUCUCGAUCCGAGGCUCAUUCAGAGCUUCGAGCGAGGCGAAGAGUUGAGACGGCAGGGCCGCAAGCGGGAACGAGAGCAUUCGCCGGUGGAACGGGCGCGCAGCGGCUCGGAGGAGCGCCACCCGCCGCCCGGCAAACGCAAAGCUGAAGUAUUGUCUAAGGAGUCGGGCAAGAUUGGAGUUACAAUCACCAUGAGCCCUCCGGCAAAGAAGCACGACACUCCAAAGGUGAACGGGGGCAGGACUCACGCGCAACCUCCGCCGCCAGCCGCGCCGCCCGGCGGAGCCCCCGCCCCCGCCUCCCCCGCUGCGGAAGCGGCUGCGCCCAGAACGGGGCCCAGAAGGGCGCCGCAUUCCCCUGAAGAAGCCGACGCGCACACUCCCCCUGAACGAGAAAGACGCACGGAUACCCAGCCGACGGCGACAGCCCCCGCGGAACCGAAAGGCGCUCGACCGCCGCCUCCCACGCCGCAGCAGGAGGACGAAGACUCUUGGGGCGAAGCGCCGCUCGCCCAACCCGCCCCUCCUCCUCCUCCGCCGCCUCCCAAGCGUGGAGCCGCGUACUGGUCGGCGCGGUCGCCCGUGGCGGACCAGAUCUUCAUCACGGACGUGACGGUGAACCUACAAACAGUGACCAUCCGGGAGUGCCGAACACAGGACGGCUUCUUCAGAGCGCGCGAGAACCGGCCGCUCGACGUCACGUAAACCCUGGUGACCGUUGCGUACAAAUUGUGUCUAAGACGAUGUACAGACUUAGGUAGCUAGUAUUUAUUUAGUCCCUAUUAGACCGCGGUAGCGUCGACUCAAAUGAACCUCGAAGAUUGAAUGUGAUGUGUCGAAAGUUCAUAAUAUUCGGAUAUAAGUUGGUGAGGUACGUGGAAAGUGAUAAAUUAUCAGUUUUAUAAAGCUCGUGUGAAACUUGUUAUUUAUUAGACAUUUGCAUAAUAAAUUGCGUUAUUUGAAUUACUGGUUACACUGCUGGUCAUUCCUAAAAACUAAGUUUUUUUUCGUACUUUGGGUCCAUCCCAUGAAUAGUGCAAUGAUAAAAUUCUUUUGUGCUGAUUGACGGAAGAAUGAAUGUAGUACCUCACUUUUUGACCACCUUUUGUAUAUAGAAUAAAUGAACUAUUGUCAAUUGUUAAAAAUAGAUUGUCUAUUAUUUGUUGAAUUAUUAUUAACGAUAAUAAGAUUCGACUGGUGUACGUACCUGUCAAUGAGCUAGCGAUAAUAUUAGCGUGUUUAUAAUUUUAUACUUCACAAAUACGGCUGUUAUGUGACAUCCUAAUGAAUCUAUCUAGAAUUAUCUACAUUAAUUAUUUAUCGAGAAUUAUUCGUUAACAAAAAUUAAGGUUCAAUAAUAUGCAAUAGCUUAGUUUAAAUUGUUCAUGCGUUCGUUUUCAUGUAUUUAUUAUCUUAAACUAUUUAUGGUAUUCGAGGAGUGUAGGAACAAAUCUCUUUUAUAGUCUGUGGUGUAUCCACAUGUUUACUCUUUAUUGGUUAAACUUUUUGUAAAUAGUUAUGUUCGAAAUAAUAUUAUCUGAUGAAUUCGUUUUAAUGAGUUUAAACUUUUGUUAUUGUUAUAUAUUUAUGUUUUCCUUGUCUAAUUUGCAUUUCCUUUGUCGAUUGUCUUUUAAGCAAUGAUGAAAAAACUACUAUGAAAAAGUCAACGAAUUUAAAACCUCAGAUUUAUUAAGCCUAAAUAUAAAACAUAUGAAAUAUAAUUAUUAUGCUAGCCGAACUGUAUUAGAACGCUAAUUUUUGUGUUCCUUAUAUUGUUAUACCUAUUUUUUGUUCCUUUUAUAAUGAUUAAGUGAUAUAAGUUCGUAAUUCAUUAUAUUGUACAUGUAGUGCGGUGCUUGGAGGUUUUUAAAUUUCAAUGAUAAAAUAUUGUAUAAUAUAUAGUAUUUCAAUUUUUCAAAAACACGAAAUGUCGUCACUAAAUAUUUAAGUAUAAGGUGGUAUAAGUUAACUGAAAGCAAUUUAAACGACUAUCUUUGUGUAUGAAAUUGGCAUACUAUGUGUAGAAGGUAUUUUUAUUUAAUUGUAAUGCAUUUUAACUGUGACGAUAUUUGUAUAUAGUGUACAUAUUGUAAUAUUGUUUUAAAAGAGCACUUGUUUUAUAUUGUGAUAGUUCUCACAUACUGUAGUCUGUAAAUAAAUGAGAAUGAAUUAGA